UUUAAUUUUUUGAGGGCCCCCAGCCCUAUAUAACACGAAGAGGGGGAAGCAAUCAAGCAAAUCAGAAAACAUUGCAUUCCAAAAAUGGGAUUCGUGUGCUUCCCCAUGUCCGCCAACAAGCUCCCCGGAGCAAUCCUCACCUUCCUCAAGCUCAUCGACAUCAUCCACUACGGCCUGUUAGCUCUCCUCUACCGCCUCGGACUGAACCCGUCCUUCGAAUCGGAGCUCAGCCCGUGGGCCGACGAAGCGCUUCUCUUCUCCGGCGAGCCGCCGCGGUCCGUUUCGGAGGAUGCCGCAUUGCUGAAGAACCGCUUGCCCGCGGUCGAGUACAUGACCGUUGCGAGGAGGAACGGGCGCUGCGGCGGCCGCGGCGCGACGUGCGUGGUGUGCCUUCAGGAGCUGGAGGCGAGGGACAAGGUUCGGGUGUUGGGAAACUGUAGCCAUGAGUUCCACGUGGCGUGUAUUGAUCGGUGGGUUGAUAUUGGGAGGUUUAGCUGUCCGCUGUGCAGGGCGGAUCUGUUGCCGCCCGCCGGCCGGAGGACUGCCGGCGGAGGACUGCUGCGGUUUGUGGAUGCGGUGAAGUUUGCGGUUUUUCGUUGCGGCUAAUUAGCGGGCGGUUAUUGUGUUUAGAUUUCGUAAAUAUUGAUGAUAUUUUUGUUAUAAUAUCAUCAAUAUUAUUAUUUUGGGAACCGUUAAUAUAU